GAGUGCACGAAAACAUCCGAGGCGAUAACGAGCUUAGAAACACAGCUAUCGUUUUCAUCCAGGAAAGAAAUCUUCACUCCGGAGGAGCCGAAUUUGAACUGUGAAAUGCGGGAAGUGCGGAGUGUUUCGGAGCUUUUUGAGGAGACCAGAGACGAGCUUCCUGUACAGCUCGUAGAAUCACACCCAGAGCCGAAAAAUGUCCCCAGAUUGAGAGAAGCUUCCUCCAAACAUCUCGAUGUUAACGACACCGAGGACAAGGAAAACGCUGCUAAUCCCCCCACAGCCAUCGCUCUUGAGUGCACACAAGUGGACGACACUACUGGUCAAGAGAGUUGUCAAGACUCCAGGGCGACCGGCAAUAAACAAGAUGCCAUCACUGAGAACAGAGACACUGAGGUUUUCAGACAAGCCCAGGAGGAAGGCCGUGUGAAUGUGGUCUUCUCUGGCUCGGUGACUCAAGACGGUUGCUGCCGUUUCGUCAGUGAAAUUCUGAAGUGCAUCCUCUACCAGAGGCAGCAGCUUCCGAUGACUUAUGACCAGCUUGUUUACUCUCAGAAGAAACAGCAAGCUUCCACGCAGGAUAAAGACACAGUGAGUCGAAAGCCUGCAGGCACGGACUCACGCAAGUGCCAACAGACCCUACAGGAGCUGGAAGAGGUGCUGCAGCAGCUGGAAGUGCUGUUUGCUCUGAGCAGGGUGCCCCGUGUGCUUCUGCUGAUGGGCGGCUCCCUCAUUCUCCCUAAAGAGCUGUAUGAAAUCAACAUGGAGGGUCUGGUGUUGGCUGGUGGGGAGCAGUGUCUGCGGGUGUCUUCAUGCUUAAGACAGAUCUUUCGCACUCUCUUCGUGGCUGACCUUUUAUCCGACGCCAAACCUGUCCGUUUAAUGCCCACCACAGUUUUAGCGCUGGCUCACAGGGACUGCGGUGUCGGCUGGUUCCGACCCAAGCUUCAAUUUAAAGUACCAACUCGUGUGAAGAACCAAACGAUUGCUCUGUCUACUGAUCCCAGCACAUGCAAGGAAGCGAGGGCAGAGAGAUCAGACAGGGAAGAUGAUUAUGUUUGGUUUCAGGCCCCCAUGACCAUCAAAGGCUUCAGCAGCUAACCGAAGAAGUUGGACAUCUGACACAUUGAGACCAGAGCUCUCCUCCUGACGCUGCUGUCCCUGAAAAUUUAAUGGUCGUCAAAGCAAAUGUAAACCUUGAAUUGAGAUUUAUGUAUUUUAAUGAAUUAUGAGUGAAACUAUUUUUUUUAACUUGAUUUGAGAAUUUUUUUUUUCAAGAGACUUGGUCAGCAUGUCAGUUUGCUUUAGAAAAAUGUAUUUUAUUGUAUCAGUGGUUCGUGAGAAAAUUAAACACAGAACAACUCAUAUGUUUGUGACAAUGUU